AUGGGUGAUACAAACGGAGGCUCGCUCAUUGAAAUCGAUGACCACGAAGAAGUAGAAGAUCCCUUUCUCGCUUUCAUCGAUUACGCCAAAACGGUGAUUUCGCCGGAAGAAGACGCAAUUGAAGAGGACGAGGAGAGCAAAAGGGAAGCCACGACUGAGGCUAGUGGUCCGGGUUGGGGUUGGAUUGCCUCGCGUAUCUUGAAAACCUGUGUUGCUUAUUCAAGCGGUGUCACUGCCGCGAUUCUCUUGUCCGAUCUCUUUCAGGCAUGGCAUGAGCAAAACAAAGCAGGAAUGUCAAAGAAGAAGCCGGAACUCAUAGAUAAGUUAAAAAAGAGCCACAGAAGACGAAGACUCGCUAAUACUGUCACAAUUGACUCGAUUUAUGAGAAGAAUUUUUUGUCUAUGAACAGCGUUUUGGAAGCUGUUAUUAUCAGCGCUGAUGUUCUUCCUGGUACAAACAUUUUCAUGCUUACGCUAGGGGAUUUUUGGAGCUCCAACACUAUUGAUCUCUAUCUACAUCGCAGAUAUUAUGAGUUGGUGGAAACGCCAAAUGGGAUUCUUAGGAAAGGCAGAGAGGUUUUGAUCACUGGAUGUUACCUUCGUACCGCUAGAGAAGGAUGUGGCACUCCACGGUUACUUCCAACAGAGUAUCUUGUUAUAUUGCUAGAUGAGGACGAAGAUGAUGAUGCAAUACUUAUAGCAGCUCAAUUUUGUUCCGAUACUUUCUCAUCUGUUUCUCUUGAUGCAUUCAACAAUGGAACUUCAUACUCUUUGUAUGCUAGGAUUGAAUCUAUAGGUCCUCUGGAAUCUGAACUCAAGUUUAGUACUGCACAUAGAAGGCAAAUUGCACUUGUAGAUGGUGACGGUGUUAGUUUAAAAUUUAUUUUGUGGGGAGAGCAAGUCAUCGUGGCAAACCUUAUGAGUGUGGGAAGUGUGCUUGGGCUUGAGAGGCCUUAUAUUUCUAGUCUCGAAGAGAGUGCAAUGGAAGGAAAGGAUGAGUUCUGCCUUGAAUAUGGUAGUGCAACACAUCUCUAUCUAGUGCCGUCAACUUUGCAAGAAGAAAGGGUUUGUGUAUCAUUGUCCCAAAAUCAGUGUCAAGGAUCUAAACUGCUUGGUUCAGGCGGAGUUUCGCAGGUGACUUUGCCUCGUGAUGCUGAGGGGUCUGUAGACUUCAGUAAUUAUCCUUUUCGGACGAUCAUAGCGGACAUUCGUGACAAAACCACUGGCAUCAGUCUCUAUGGAGUUGUAACAGAUAUCUUAUGUGAUCCAAAUGCCACAGGAGUGGUCUUUUCUUUGAAAAUUGAGGACACGAGUGGAGUCAUAUGGGCUAAGCUCCAUUUUACUAGUUACUGGUCGUUGGGAAGGGUAGGGCUUGGUCAUCUUGUGUACGUGUCUGGGUUAUCCUGUAAAGUCACAAGAAAGGAUUGCCUUGAGUUGAUAUGGCACGAGAAGGAGGAGAAAGCGACAUUCAUCAACCUUAGCUGCUUGCCUGCAGUACUGACCUCUUCUUGUCUUCACAAAAUCUAUACCCUCUCCCAAAUAUCAAAACAGAGAAACCCCUCAAUAAACAUUUGUCGGGUUAAGCUGGACGAGAUUGACCAAUUCCAUAACAUCAACAUUAGAUUAGCGCACAGUGUUUGCGGCCAUUUCAUAGACGAAGAAUCAUCAUCAUCAAAUCUGCAUUGUAGCUUCUGCGGAGUAAACUGCAACAGUAACGUAGGAUCAGAAGUAGUGAGAACAUUCCACAUAACAAUAACACUUGCAGACGAGGAAACCAAACUAUACGCGUGGUGUACUGGUCAAUCCGCAUCAGCUAUACUUCAGAUAUCUCCAGAUGAAUUCUGCGACCUCCAUGAGGAUGAUCAGCUGAUGUAUCCAUCUUCAUUGGAGAACGAGUGGUUCCUAGUGGCAUUAGCAAACAGCGGCAGUAACCGGAAUAAUUUAGUUUCCGGUCAUCGGUUUAAUACGGAGGGGACUUGCUGGGAAAUCACACGCGCUCUCAAGAUUUAA